AUGAGCUCUACAAAUUUUAUUAAUCUAGUUGAUGAUUCUCUUGAGCUUGACGAUCCGCAUCCUGACAUCCAUCAACUUUACAUACUUUUUGAUCAUCAAUUUUUUUAUGGAAAGCUUAACGAGCGAGCUUGUACUGUCGCUUGGAGCAAGAGGAUGACGAGUUGUGCAGGAGUUUGUCAAUUUUAUAGAAAGACUGGCCUUUGCUGUGUUCGUUUAAGCGAGCCUUUACUUAAACUACGUAGACGCAGAGAUUUGGUUGAAACCUUACUUCAUGAAAUGAUUCACGCUUAUUUAUUUGUUACUGGACACGGUCCCGAAUUUCAAUCACAUAUGAACCGAAUUAAUUCACUUGCUGGUACUUCUAUAACGAUUUUUCAUUCAUUUCAUGCCGAGGUAACUCACUAUAAGCAACACUGGUGGAGAUGUUCUGGCCCCUGUAAGGAACGCGCUCCUUAUUAUGGAUGGGUUAAAAGAGCAGUUAAUCGAAAACCUGGUCCUUAUGAUUAUUGGUGGAAACAACAUCAAAUGGACUGUGAUUAUGUCAAAGUAAAGGAACCUGAAAAAUCUCAGGAGAAGACAGGGGAAGGUACUUCUGGAAGGAAAAGGAAAUUAAAACCUAUGUUACAAGAAGUGAGCGGACAAAAUCAACCUAGAAUUGAUCGAAUCUUUUCCGUGGACGGUAAGGACUUUUAUUAUUUUAAUCUCUUGAUAUCUUAUAUGACUUCUUGCCUUCUUAACCUGUCUCUUUUCUGUCUAAAUUUCUUCUCAUAA